AUGGGGAAUGAAGCUUCUCUUCCAGAUCUUUGCUCUACAUUUGACGUUGAAGAAAUAAAACGUUUGGCUAAACGGUUUAAAAAACUAGAUCUUGAUGGUUCUGGAUCUUUAAGUGUAAAAGAGUUCAUGAGUCUUCCUGAACUUCAACAAAACCCUUUAGUUGCAAGAGUUAUCGAGAUUUUUGAUACGGAUGGCAACGGAGAAGUUGACUUCAAGGAAUUCAUAGAUGGAAUGUCACAGUUCAGCGUGAAGGGUGAGAAAGAAGCCAAGUUGAAAUUUGCGUUCAAAAUAUACGACAUGGACAAAGAUGGGUACAUCAGUAAUGGCGAAUUAUUUCAGGUUAGACUAAUUUUCCCACUGUAGGAGAUUAAAAUAUGUUAUCAUGUCAAAGGUUGAAUACAUUCGCUUAACUUGAUCAAACAAUGUUAAUUUGAGGAUGACAUGUAACGUGUCUGAACAUCUGACAUACUCUUCUUUGCAAUCUUUUUAUAGCUUGUAGAAGGUAUAAGGAAUUGUCUUUAAUCUGUAAGCAGCUUUGAUACGCCGACAGGUAAUAAUCGUCCUGGGUUUGUGAAAUUCUUUGGAACACUGUGAAUUCUUUGUUUUAGAACGCAAGAAAAAGCAUAUUGGGUGCUAAUUUAUCACUGAGUAGCCUAAAAUGUAAUCAAGUCAAGGAUAAUAGACUCCAAGAAUCAGAUUGGUUGCGGCUCUUUAAACCGCUUACAACAGCUCAUUAUCUUCUUGAACAGGGAUCAGCGGCCUGUAUGCAGUACUCGAGUUUAGGACGAAUAAACACUGUAUACAGAGUCUAAAAAGUCUAGGUAUCGACAAGGCUAAAGGCUCUACGUAUUAACCAAAGGUUUUUAAAGCCGUCGGUGGCUAUCACUUCGGUGUGCAGUAGUUUUCAAGUCUUAGUCAACGACAACUAGGUCAUUGAGUGUCUGGGGCAGGUAGCUUAAUGUUAUUCACCAUGUAUGUGUCUUUACCCUGGUGGCCAUAAUGCAUCAUAAUACAUUUGGAAUUAUUCGUCAGCAGUUGUCAAAUUCCAGACGAUUUAGACGAUUUUUGCAGAUCAUUUUGAAGUCCCAAACUGUGUUAUUCCUUUCUUAUCACUCUCCAUAUCUUAGUAUCGUCAGUAAAUAACAAAGCGAAUGAUGACGGGAUACUGAGGUUCAUUUACAUUUUAAAGGAACAAUACUGGCCCUAAAAGUAUACCCCUUGUCACUCCACUAAUCACAGUCUUCCAGAGCCCCCCAAAUGUUCUGGUAUGGCCGAGAGUGGGGAGA